AUGCAUCCAAGUGCUGGUUGUUUGCCGUGUAAGUUGCGCAAGAAGAAGUGCGAUGGAGCAAAGCCGAUCUGCCGGGGCUGCCAGCGCAAUUACCUUGUCUGUGUCUGGCCCCCGACACCGCAGGUUCGUCCGCCUCGCAAAGGAGGGAUGCCCUCCUCCACCUUGACCAUCUUUGCUGUCGAGCCCCAGGGUCGCCUACGGAAGCACACCCGGGCGAAGAAUGAGUCUGAAACGGCAAGGCGGCAUGCAAGGCUUCUCAAAAAAGAUUUGACCUCUAUCCCGCGAACCCUGCCAUCUCAUGGAUCGCUGAGACCUGAGUCGAAGUUUCUCCUCGACCAUUACCUCCACCGGACGGGCAAGAUGGCAUCUGCUCACGUCGGCACCUACACGCCCUUCACCGAUGCAUUACUGCCUAUUGCUCAUGCAUCUGCGAUGCUGCUCGACUCCGUCCUGACUUUCAGUUCCUUUCAUCUCGCGGCCAGCAGCCCUAGCAAUACCACGGUGAACACGCUGGAGCAGCAGGCUCUCGCUCUACGAAGCCUCAAAUAUGGCAUCACUCGGUACUCUCGUGGCGAUGAGGACUUUGGGAUACCACUAUUUCUUUCCAUGCUGUUACUUUGCUGUGUAGAGCUUGCCAACGGCGGCGAAAGUGGAAGCUCAUUCCAACAUCUGACCGCCCUUCGAAACCUAGCCCCCAACAUCCUCAGCCGCCUGAACGAAGUACCACAGGAUUAUAAAGAUGCUGUAGUCUUUGGCAGAGAGCUCUACGCCUACUUCCUGCUCUCGCGUGCAUCUGUCAUCCUGCGGACACAACCGACGCCAGCGUGCUUGACGAGUCAGCUUCCGUCUACUACGAAAUUUCAGCAUCGGGCUAUACAGGUGCUCUCUUCGGCUGUUCGGAUGCACUUUUCCGCCUCAUUCCGCAAGCUGUCGCUCUCUUGA